GGUUAUUUUAAUUUUUACUCAUGAAUCCCUUUAGUAAGUAGACGUUUCUAAAUUCUUUUGAUUUGUGAGUUACACUUUUUUCUGGGAUAUAGUACAAUAUGCACAAGUUGUUUAUCUUUUGUGACAACUAAUUGCAAAUUUUACCAAACAGUGCACGUUGAGGCAAGAAUUCCCACACUCUUAAUUCUGAAAACCAUUUUGAAUUUACUAGAUUUCGGCGUUCAUAUAUAGUAUGAUCACCAAAUUUUUUUUCACACUAUAGAGUUUUCUCACAGAAUACAUCUGAAAGAAACAAAAGAAGUCUUUUUUUCUUCCAUGUCCCUAUACAAAAGCUCACAUUUUCUUUGAAGUUUUGGAGAAAAUCCCUUAAACUCUUUGCUUUCUUAUGUUUUCCAUGGCUGAAAUAUGCACAAACUUGCACAAUUCAUUGGUGCUCUUCUUUCUUCUUGUACUUACUUUUGCUCAAGAUGAAAAACAGUUCACCUACAAUGGCUUCAAUGGAGCCAAAUUUCAUAUUGAUGGGCUUGCAGAAAUACACUCUAAUGGCCUUUUACAGAUGACCAACUCCUCAUUGCAAGGAAGUGGUCAUGUUUUCUUCCUACAACCCAUGAACUUCAACACGAGUCGUUCGUUUUCGACAACUUUUGCUUUUGCCAUCAAUACUAAUGUUCCAGGUCAUGGUGGCCAUGGAAUUGCCUUUAUUAUAUCUUCAUCAAUGAACUUUGAGCAUGCUGUUCCUGCUGAAUAUCUAGCAAUCUUUAAUACUACUAAUAAUGGCAAUCAGUCUAAUCAUGUAUUUGCAGUAGAGUUAGACACUGUUCAAAAUGCUGUAUUUGGAGAUAUUGAUGGAAACCAUGUUGGGAUUGAUGUUAAUGGAUUAAGGUCUAUUGGGUCUGCUCCUGUGAUGUACUAUUCUGACGAAGAACGAAAGAACACGAGUAUGCAGCUUUCUGGUGGAGAAUCUAUGCAGAUAUGGAUAGACUAUGAUGGAGAAAAGAUGGUUAUGAAUGUUACAUUAGCUCCACUUAAACAUAAGAAACCAAAAAGAAAUCUAUUGUCUACUCAUGUGAAUCUUUCUGAAGUAUUACUUGAUUCAAUGUAUGUUGGUUUCUCUUCAUCUACUGGUCUUACUUCAACUGAGCAUUACAUAUCAGGUUGGAGCUGGAGUCAAAUUGGUGAAGCACCAGAGCUUGAUCAUUCCAAGCUUCCUCCAUUUCCUAGAAUUAGAACUCCUAGGAAUAAGCUGAAAUAUAUGUUUAUAGCUUUGAUUGUUAUCUUAUUCUUGUUGUUGCAAACGAUUGCUGGAGUCGCGUUUACAUUAUGGAGGAGGAAGUAUGCAGAGCUUAAGGAACCAUGGGAAAGGGAAUACAUUUCCCAUAGAUAUUCAUACAAAGAUCUCUACAUAGCAACAAAGGGUUUUAAAGACUCUGAGCUUCUUGGUUUUGGAGGUUUUGGGAAAGUUUACAAAGGUGUUAUACCUUCUACACAAACCCAAUUUGCAGUAAAGAAGGUUGCCCAUGAUUCCAAGCAAGGAAUGAGAGAAUUUGUUUCCGAAAUUGUAACAAUGAGAAGCCUAAGGCAUAGAAACUUGGUUCAACUCUUAGGUUAUUGCCGAAGAAAGGGAGAGCUUCUUCUGGUGUAUGAUUACAUGCCUAAUGGAAGCCUUGACAAGUUUCUCUUCCAGAAUAAGGAAUAUAAUCUUUCUUGGUCUCAGAGAAUCAACAUUGUCAAAGGGGUGGCAUCUGCCCUUCUAUAUCUUCAUGAAGAGUGGGAACAAGUCGUUCUUCAUCGUGAUGUAAAGGCAAGUAAUGUUCUGCUGGAUGCUGACAUGAAUGCACGGCUUGGUGAUUUCGGGCUUGCUAGGCUAUAUGACCAUGAAACUGAUCCUCGAAGUACCCACUUAGUUGGAACUGUGGGCUAUCUUGCUCCAGAGCUUAAUACAACAGGAAAACCUACUACUGCAACUGAUGUUUAUGCUUUUGGAACAUUCUUACUUGAGGUAGCCUGUGGAAGGCGGCCUAACAGUCUGCAGGAGUUUUCUGCAGAUCAGGACUUUGUUUUGGUUGAUUGGGUAUACGAUUCAUGGAAGAAGGGGGUGAUUCUUGAGACAAGUGAUCCCAAUCUGGAAUAUUACCAAGCUGAAGAAAUGGAACUUGUACUAAAAUUAGCCUUGUUGUGUUUGCAUCCUAAGCCAGAAGGAAGGCCUAGCAUGAGACAGGCAGUUCAAUUUCUUCACAAAGAUGCAAUUCUGCCUGAUAUUCCUUCUGAUUAUGAUCAUGAAAACAAUAGCUUCUUUCAUGGGAGUUGGGGAAUGUCUAUGUCAUUUCCAUCAUCAUCAACAUCUGGUAUCUCUCAUGCCACCAUAUCUAGUGAUAAUUCAGUCAGACGUGCAGGCCGCUGAACUGAUGUGUUGUGAGCACCCUUGUCGAAAGUAGAGUAAUUUAUUUUAUACAGAACUAACUAUGCUCUACAAUCUUAUUAGAAGUAUGUUUUUCAUUUCUGUGUCUUGUAGAAAUCCCCAUAGAGAUACAUAUUUUUGUCUAAUUAGCUCUUAGAUAUAUCAGCUUUUGCUAGUAUAAUGUAAGACUUUGUAUCUGAAGUAGAGUUUCUAUCAGUAAUAAUUGAUCUUAUGGUGUUGAUAAUUCUGCUAUCAUUUUGUUAAUAUUAUGUUUAGUACAUAUUAUUCCAUUAUCUGACCAGUGUAAUGCACUAAAGAUAUUUCAAAUCCUGUACUCAGAAUGUAAAGAAUUCAUACAUAAUCAAACUCCAG